UCUCCCUCCCUCCAGGCCCCAGAUGUGGAGGGAAGUCUCCCGCGGCAGAUUGGGAACAAGACGGAGUGUGCCCUGCUGGGAUUUGUUGGGAAGUUGAAGGGGGAUUACCAGGAGAUCCGGAGGCAGGUCCCUGAGGAGACCCUCUACAAAGUCUACACCUUCAACUCCAACCGCAAACUGAUGGGCACCGUCAUCCGCAGACCAGAGGGAGGCUUCCGGCUCUACUGCAAGGGAGCCUCCGAGAUCGUCCUGAAGAGAUGCUCCUGGAUUCUGGACGUUCUCGGCCAAUCGCAGCCCUUCGGCCAGAAGGAGUGGGCGGAGCUCAUGAGGACCACCAUCGGACCAAUGGCGUCAGACGGCCUGAGGACCAUCUGCGUGGCGUACCGGGACCUGGAGGCGGAGCCGGAGCCCAAUUGGACCAAUGAGAGGGAGAUCAUGGCCGACAUGGUGUGUCUGUGCGUGGUGGGCAUCGAGGACCCCGUCCGCCCUGAGGUGCCAAGAGCUAUCCAUCGCUGCCAGCGAGCUGGCAUCACCGUCAGGAUGGUGACGGGGGACAACAUCAACACGGCCAGGGCCAUAGCCUCCAAGUGUGGCAUCAUCCGGCCUGGAGAGGAUUUCCUGUGCCUGGAGGGCAAGGAAUUUAACGCACGGAUUCGGAACGAACAUGGCGAAGUCGAACAGGAAAGGCUGGACCAGGUCUGGCCCAGGUUGAGGGUCCUGGCUCGCUCCUCACCCAAUGACAAGUACGUUCUCGUCAAAGGGAUGAUCGAUAGCACCUUGAACAAACAGAGACAAGUGGUUGCUGUCACCGGUGAUGGAACCAACGAUGGGCCGGCAUUGAAGAGAGCGGAUGUGGGAUUCGCGAUGGGAAUCGCAGGAACCGAUGUAGCGAAGGAGGCCUCGGACAUUAUCCUGAUCGACGAUAAUUUCUCCAGCAUUGUCAAAGCUGUGAAGUGGGGCCGCAACGUGUAUGACAGCAUUGCCAAGUUCCUGCAGUUCCAGCUCACCGUCAAUGUCGUCGCGGUGAUUGUGGCGUUCGCUGGGGCCUGUAUCACCCAGGAGUCACCUCUGAAGGCCGUGCAGAUGUUGUGGGUGAAUUUGAUCAUGGACACCUUCGCUUCGUUGGCGCUGGCGACAGAACCACCCACCAACGCCCUCCUGCUCCGCAGACCGUACGGGAGGAACAAGCCACUCAUCUCCCGCACCAUGACGUUGAACAUCUUGGGGCAUACCAUCUACCAACUCAUCAUCAUCUUCUUCCUGCUGUUCAUCGGUGAACGAAUCUUUGGCAUUGACAGUGGGCGCUCGCUGCCCCUUCACUCCCCUCCCUCGGAACACUACACCAUCAUCUUCAACAUCUUUGUGUUAAUGCAACUCUUCAACGAAGUCAACGCUCGCAAAAUCCAUGGGGAGCGGAACGUCUUCUCCGGGAUUCGGACCAACCCCAUCUUCUGCUGCAUUGUCCUGGGAACGUUCGGGAUUCAGAUCCUCAUCGUCCAGUUCGGUGGCACUCCCUUUAACUGUACCCCCCUGAACAUUGAGCAGUGGCUCUGGUGUCUGAUGUUGGGCAUGGGCGAGUUACUGUGGGGACAGGUGAUUGUCUCCAUCCCGAAAGACGUGCUCAGAUUCCUAAACCAACCCGGGGCUCGCUGCCGGAAUGGUGACCUCGGUGUGUUCGACCUCUCGGAAGACGAGGAGCAGGUUGACCACGCCGCACCGGAGGUCCACCGCGGGAGGGCUCUCUGGUUGCGCGGUCUGAACCGGAUUCGGACUCAGCUCAGCACAGCGCUAGCCUUCUGCAGUCCCCUCUACGGAGUCCUGGAGGAGGAAGAGGACGGGGGAGCCGGACACGGGAAGACGGGGAGGCACACCUUCGCGCCACGCUUUCACCUCUGA